AUGGCUCGAUUUCUACAAGGAGUGAGAAGCAAAAGGAUUCUUAGCGAACUUCAACAAAAUAAUUUGGUAACAAACCUAAGACAUUCUACUGCUGAGGAAAAUGAACAAAUAUUUAUACAUCAACACGAAAUGUCUGAAAAUAACAUAAACACGCCUUUUUCUGGCAAUUGCUGUAGUCCUGAACAAAGCGAUCUCAACCCUAAUGCCAACCCAAAGGAAGCUAUCAACGCCACCAUCAAUGUUCUAAGUCCACCAGAAAUCUGUAGCUUUGAACCCACAGAAAUCCUUGACAAUAAUGAUUACGAAUCUACUUCUUUAUAUUCAAGCACUCGUCGUCGUCUCGUAGUAAGGUCUUGGUCAUUAUCUGAUUUAACGCAUGAUACAAACAAUAUGAUUAGUUCCCUAAAAAAGUCGCCAUCGGUUCCAGCGUUGUUGAACAUUACCAGUAAUCUUGAUUUAUUGAUUGCGUUUAACAAACCGGAUCAGAUCGAAUCUACAUCAGAUGAUGUUUACCAAAUUCCUGAAGAAAGAAAUUUUGCUGAAGUAUUGGUGACUGGGGACCAACAAGAUUAUGGAGAUAUGGAAGAAGGUCGAAAACGUCGUCACAAUGCUGACCCAAAAUCUUGGAAAAGGAACAAGGCUUUUUUGAAGCGAAUGCGAGGUGAAGAGUAUCUAGGAUAUUCUAAACCAAAAGAUAGGAAGUUCCAACAAGAUACUGUAAGACAAGCAAGACGGCUAAGACCAACUUGCGUCGCCAAUUUUUGUAAGAAGAGUAAGAAAAACAGAGCUAGACAAGAAAAAGAAGAGGACAAGAAAAAAGCAGCUGCUGGAGAAUUUAUACUUUUGACUAUGGAUUUAGAGGCUGUGAAGGUUUGUCCUUACCUUACUGCUAGUGCUUUGUAUUUCAAGACAAAGUUAACGUGCCAUAAUUUCACUGUUUUUAAUUUAGUAACCAAGCACUGCAGUUGUUAUUGGUUCGACGAAACUUCUGCUGAUUUAACGUCUAGCACUUUUGCGACGUUUUUAAUUGAUUAUUUAGAAAGACAUUGUAUUCCACAUCAGUUACCAAUUGUUAUUUACUCCGACGGGUGUACAUACCAGAAUCGUAAUUGUGUGCUGGCAAAUGCACUGCUCCUUUUGAGCAAGCAACAUAACGUAAUCAUAACGCAAAAAUUUUUAGAACCAGGUCACACUCAGAUGGAGUGUGACUCGGUUCACAGUACUAUUGAGCGAAAACUCAAAAAUCGGGAAAUACAUUUGCCUAGUGAUUAUGUCACGAUUACUAAAGAGGCACGAAGCACUAACCCUUAUGAAGCAAUUAAUGUAGAUCAUGAAUUUGUUAAAGAUUAUGCCCGACCUGAAAAUAUGCUUUAUAAAAGUAUUCGACCAGGCCGCAAAGCUGGUGAUCCACAGGUUGUAGAUAUCAGAGUAAUAAAGUACAAUAUUAUGACAAUCGAAGUUAAACUGGGUUUUGACGAACAGUUGAUUCCUUUACCGCACAGACCUAGGUUACUAGCUUCGGAAGCAAUCUAUCCUCCACUACAUCCUAAUAAAAUUCCAAUUACUGUAACGAAGUACAACCACCUGCAACAACUAAAAGCAGUAUUACCUAAAGAUUGCCAUAAUUUUUAUGACACUUUGCCAUUUGUUUGA